UUGACUUGCCGUCUGAAAGCUGUAUAAGUUUGAACACGGCGAUUUCGCUUCUUCCUCCACCGAGUUGAAAUCGGACGUAGCCGUUACCUGCGUACAAAAGAGACGACUCUGUAAUUCGCGAAUCGCUCUUGCUUUCUCCGGCGGAGAUUUCUUUGUCGACGGACUCGCUAUUGCUUGACUCAGUCAGAGCGAUUCGCUUCCGAGUGAGUUCUUGGAGAAUCGGUGGUUUUUUAUUUUAAUUUUCUUUUUCUGGAGGCUGGAUGGUUCAGCUGAUGAAUUCGGGGACGGAGAAGAGUCCGAGGACGAAGAGGCUGAAGCAGGAGGUUGAGGAUUCUUUGGAAGACCUUCUCGAUCAAUUUCACAAGCGAUCCAAACCCCACUUCUCUUCGGAGAAGCGGACGUCAGAUGCCAAUGUGUUUUGUGUACCGUCCAAUCCGUCGAAUCCUCUAGAUGAGCCAAGCCCCUUAGGUUUGAACCUCAAAAAGAGCCCUUCACUGUUGGAUUUGAUUCAAGCAAAACUGUCUCAAGAAACUGCUAAAUUAGCGAAUUUGAGCAAAAAGGACCACAAGGGAGCCACUGCUUUUAGUGCUGCGGACAAACUCAAGGCUUCCAACUUCCCCGCACUAAUUCUUAAGAUUGGUACUUGGGAGUACAAGUCAAGAUACGAGGGAGAUCUAGUGGCAAAAUGUUACUUUGCCAAGCAUAAGUUGGUCUGGGAACUUCUAGACGGGAAUCUUAAGAACAAGAUAGAGAUUCAAUGGUCCGAUAUCGUCGCGCUCAAGGCGACUUACGCUGAGGAUGGUCUCGGGACUUUGGACGUGGUGCUGGCGAGACAGCCCCUUUUCUUUAGGGAGAUAAAUCCGCAACCUAAGAAGCACACUUUAUGGCAAGCAACAGCUGACUUUACUGGUGGAGAAGCAAGCAGAUACAGAAAACAUUUCCUGCAGUGUUCACAAGGCUUGUUAAACAAGCAUUUCGAGAAGCUCAUACGUUGCGAUCCCCGGCUCAACUUUUUAAGCCAACAACCUGAUAUUGUGUUAGAAUGUCCAUAUUUUAAAACCAAUAGUCCGAAUGAAUCCAAAGAAGGAAUUGAUUUGAAGAGUGAGGAGGGACCUACUUUCUUUAGUUUAGGUAUGGUGUCACCAUCUGGAAAUCAGUCGCCUUCUUCAAUGAAAGAGCAUGAUUGUCUUGCGGGCGCAUCUGAAGAAUAUUCUGAGCAAUCUCCAUCACCUAACUCGGGGGUGGAAGAUCACACGACUGAAGAAGUGAGGAAUGAUGGAUCUGAGAAUUUGAGGCUGUUCAACAAAUGGGACGAAGUCAUAGUUCCUGGAAUCCGUCCAUCAAUGUCUGUUAGCGAUUUCGUUAGUCAUAUCGGACACUGCCUAUCGCAGCAGAUGACACCCAACGGUGCCAUGUUUUCUGAAGAAAAACAACAGAGCAGAGAUGCCCUGGAGGGGAUUACACAGUAUCUUUUCGGCGAUUCUCAGCACGCAUUCGAUUCCGAUGAACAGACCAUCGUGGCUAGGGAACAGACCAUCAUGGCUAGGGUUAAUUCCCUGUGCUGUCUUCUGCAGAAGGAUCCUUGUAUGGCUAAGAACCUUGAUGUUGGUGGCAACGCCAGCCCAGUUUCUGCACCGGCGUAUGAAAUCAAGAAGCAAGAAGGCUUCCCAGCACGAAAUGGCUACGAAUCGGGCAAGCACAUAGCCAUGUCGAGAAAUGAUUCAGUGGGUGAGCUGCUGCUUAAUCUGCCUAGAAUAGCUUCUCUGCCUCAGUUUCUGUUCAACUUGUUCGAUGAUUCUGAUGAUCGAGCUAGAUAGCCUUUGAUUUUGUUCAAGGUCGUCUAGUUAAAGCCUGUACAUCAAGUAUCUACUGGAAAAAAUGAAAAAGGAAAAAAGAAAAGAAAGGAAACAAUCCUCGAAUAUCUUACCUAUAUAUGAAUAACCAGUGCCUCUUCACAAGUCAACUUUUGUAAAUAUAAAGGUGCUUAAUAUAUAUAUGGUUUAUAUCAACUAACAGCAUAA